AUGUCAAACAGUUGCGGAAUGUCCAGCACUUACUGGUUGGCCAAUCGUAUUGAACGGCUGAGGUGUCCAUCUACAAUGCUACAACGUGACUCUGAGGGUAAUCAGAUAAAUACGAUGUCUGACCACUUUCCGGAUAAUGUCGGAAAGAAGUUUGCUUCCAAAUAUUUCUGUGGUGUGGACAGUUGGGAACUGUUUCCGGAACAGUUCUGUGACGACGAAUCCAGGUACCUGAUCUUGCGUCACAGCGCAAAUAGCCGAAAUAAGCGACCGGAUUACUGGAUAUUCGGCACGGACGCUAUUGUAAAGUUCGCGAAGCGCUCGAAAUUACAAAAGUGCGUCGUGCGUAUACGAUCGGUCGACACAAUUAAGUAUCGAGAGCCUAACUGGUACGGGUCGUUGAUAGUGUGUGACAUUACCUGCCCCGGAGACGAUAAACCACGGGAGUUUUUGCAGUCAACCGUGUUUAAGUACGAUCCAACAGCCGAUAACCGUAUGUUCACGAUCGUCUGCGCUGUGUUGGGGUUCUCGGACGGAUACGGCUUUCAUCCACACCCAGGCAAUUUGAAUAGUAAAAUGAAUACUAACGCUGAAAAUUAA